AUGGCAGCAAGGAAGAUGCAUGAGCGGGGGGAAGUGAUAUGGGAGCUGUGUCGAGCCCCUGCGCUGCAUGAGUGCCAGGGCUGGGCAGGAAGGGGAAGUGGUCAGCCCAACCGUCCCUGGCACGGGGUCCCGGGUCCUGUUCUGCAGCCUGAGGCGACGCAGGAGGGCUCUGGUGCCAGCGGGAUGGCGACCGACCGGGUGAAGAACCUGCAGAGCGAUGUGGAGGGGGUGAAGAACAUCAUGACCCAGAACGUGGAGCGGAUCCUGGCGCGGGGCGAGAACCUGGACCACCUGCGGAACAAGACAGAGGACCUGGAGGCGACGUCCGAGCACUUCAAGACGACCUCGCAGAAGGUGGCCCGCAAGUACUGGUGGAAGAACGUCAAGAUGAUCAUCAUCAUCUGCGUGGUGGUGGCCAUCAUCCUCAUCCUCAUCAUCCUCCUGGCCACCAAAGUCAUCCCCACAUAGGCCCCUGCUGGCUGCAGCCUCCCUCUGCUGGGUCCUGGGCUGAGGCUGCUGUUGUGCCCUGACCCCGCUCCCCAUGGAAGCACAGUGUCCCCUGGGGGUAACUCCCCUGCUCCGUCUGCCUUGACUCAGCCCUCAGAUCCUUUCCCAGGCUGGUGCUAACACCCACGCAGGCACAGCUCCCAGUUCUGCCCCCCUUGGCCCCAGCCACACAGGACGGCUUUGGGGGGCAGGGUGGUCCCCCCCGCCCAGCGCAGCAGGCUCUAUCCCAGCUGAGCGAGGUGCUGCUGACCCCCCCACCCAGUCUGUGGGACAAGGGCUGCUCUGCCCUCUGCUGCAAGUGGCUUUGCUGGGCCCAGCAGGGGGGAAUCUCCUUCUUCCCUUGGGAAAUCACACGGGGGGAGGGUGCAGGUGGCUUGGCCAGCCUGGGAGCUGCUGGGCUUCUCCCCUAGCGCCCCCCCCCCCCCCC